AUCGAUGUUUCGCCACCUCUAACCGCGCAAAUAAAACAAAUUUGCACUAAAAUAGGAGGAAUUAUUAUUAAAAACAAUAAAAAUGGACACUGUGAGGGAACUCGUGCAAUUUAUGCAGCCCAAUCAACGACUAGACUUGAAGGCAGUGGCUUUAACCCAUGUUUUAGGUUUAACUGGCAAUUCAGAAGGAAAAUCAGCCAUACUUUCACUGGACGAAAUGCUAAUGGCCAUAUUUGGACUAACAUAUGAUGAAAAUCAAACAGUUGCCAAGGAUGCGGUUUUAAGUUUAAUUAAUUUAACGGCGGAGGAGGAGGCAGCGAUCAAAGUUUUCCAACUGGCAAAACAAGUGCAACCCACUUUUGCUAUCGUAGAAGUGGCCGCCAAGCAUAUAACCGACGAGCAAUCAGAUUUGGCUGAUCCCUGGAGCAUGGUGCUGAGUAAUCUAACGCGCGUGGAGUCGCUAGUGCACGAGAUCCUGGACACGCUGGAAAAAGACGACCAGACUCUGCUUCGUCUAGCCAAGGCCUUUGCGCAGUUGGACUACAACAAAAAGAAAGCAAAGCUGCAUUAUUUGGCUCCCAUUUUCUGUAAUCUAACACAAGUUCAACGGGGCAGGGAGCUGUGCUGCAACAGGAAGUACCAGCUGCUGGAGAAGCUGCUGCCCUUCGCCUCCUUCGAGGGUAGUGUGGUGCGCCGUGGUGGAACCAUUGGCAUCCUGAAGAACGUCUGCUUUGAUGUUGUUUACCACGACGUGAUUCUCGACAAGAACCAAGAUAGUAUACUGGUGGCCAUUAUGCAGCCCCUUUGCGGCCCGGAAGAGUUCAGCGACGAGGACAACGACUUGCUUCCAAUCGAACUGCAGUACCUCCCCGAGAGUAAGACGCGCGAGGACGAUCCGGAUCUACGGAAAAUGCUGCUGGAGUGCCUGCUGCAAUUGUGCUCCACUCGUCGCAGCCGGGAGAUCCUGCGUUCCAAGGGUGUUUACGAAAUCCUGCGGGAAUACCACAAGUGGGAGGCCAAGGUGGCUAAGGACAGUGACUGCCUGCUGGCCUGCGAGAACGUGGUUGACAUCCUGAUCAAAAAAGAGGAGGAGAUUGGACUGGACAACUACAAGACCGAAGUCGAAGUGCCCUCUGAGCAGGCUGAGAAAUUCGUCCAGGAAGACGCCGCUUACGUGAAAACAUUGCUGGAUUGAUUCGAGCCACCCGUCUGUUUGUAAAUAUGUGUAGUGUUAGUGAAACUCAUAGAUGAUAUCGAACUUUCAAUAUAUGUAUGCAGUUUUUUUAUUCAGAAA